CUUAAUCUGUAGUGAGCAAGAGGAUAACACUCUUUAAGCCCAUCAGGUCUCAUUCAACAGGCGUCCUUCCAUGUGAUGGAUCCUUGAAGUCUACUUAAAUCACAAUCAAAUCAGCUACGGACUUCUUCAGGAACUAUGCAGCUCAACAGAGCUUUUGCAUUCCUUUGCCUGGUGAUUUCAGUGGGUGCACAGAGGAGUUACAGACUGACCUGCUAUCUGGAUGUUUUAACACACCACACACAUGAGGGGUCAUGCUCUCACAUCAUCCUCCCCUUGACCUCUGCUGAUGACAACCUUUAUCUCCAAAACUUUUCGGAAGAGGACAGCGUUACUCUUAGAAAGAUGAAGGAGAGAAAUCCAGAUUUGAAUAUUUUGCUUGGAUUGGGAGUCAGAUCAUCAAGGUUGGAGCAGAUGUCUGCUAAUGAGGCCGGUGUUGAGACUUUUGUUCAAACGGUAUUGACAUACUUAAAGGACAAGAAUUUAGACGGUCUAGACGUGACUUGGCUGGAUGGCCUUUCUGAUGAAUCUAGCAGAAGCACAGAGCUAUUCACAAAUUUUCUGAAGAGUCUAAAAGGCGCGCUUGAAAAAGAAACCCAGCCUCUACUUUUGUCAGUGUCUGUACUAGAGCCGUCUGACCACAGUGCAGUCACUUAUGAUGAGCGAACACUUUCACAGUAUGUGGACUUCAUCUCCAUUCUGCCUGCUCACCUUGAAAAGGAUGGAUCAUACAUUAACAAAACAGUCCAACACUGGCAGGACAGGCAAGUUGACCUGCAAAAGCUCAAUCUAGUCAUGCCUGCUUUUCUAUGGCGAUCACAUCGAAGGCAUAACCAUAGGGAUCACCACAAGCACGACAUGAAUACAGAGACAGGAAAGAAGGAUCACAUCCACAUUUUGGGCUUAUACCUGGGCAAUCAGGUGUGUCAAGCCAUUAAAAGUGGACAAGAGCGGUUCAUUACUUUAACAAGUUCCUCAGAUGAGCAAAGUCUUGUUGCAGAGGUGCUCCAGAAAGGCUUUGGUGGCAUAGGAGUCGUCUUCAUAGAUCUGGACGUCUUCUAUAAUUCCAUAUGUGCACAGAUUAAUCAGGAAGAACGGGCGAUGGUUGAAUCGAUGUUGAUUAUUCAUUCACAUCACGGACACAGACGUCAUGAGCAUGGUGGUCACCAUCACAACAGCCGCCACCACCAUUAUCAUCACUUUCAUCCUCCGUAUGGCAGCCAUAGUCACCAUCACCAUGGUCAUCGUCACCAUGGACGGGGUCGUCACCAUGGUCGUGGUCGUCACCAUGGUCGUGGUCAUCACCAUCGCCACCACCAUCCAAUAAUUCCUCAAAGCAACAUAACCCUGGAAGAACGGAAGGGUUUGGAGUGAAAUUGAUACAUAAUGCAUAAUUUGCAUAUAAUGAAUGUUAAUCAGGGACCUGCUUAUAGAAAUUUGGUGUUUUAAGCUUUUGUCAAGUUUAAAGUUUGAUGUACAAUGUAUAUUAUAAAAUGUAUAAUAUAUAUAUAUAUUCCAAGCCCAUAUAUAUUCUGGUAUUAAAUAAGAAUAAGAAUAAUACAUUUUACAAAAUUAUAAUAAUUUUUAAAAUUUUAAUUAAAAUAAUUUUUCGUAAUACUGGAAUAAGAAUAAUAUUUUUUUUCUGUAUGAUAGUACUGAGAAUGAGAUUUUCUGCAUUACAAUAAUUGGACUAGUUUUGUUUUGCACUGUGGUGAUGCAUUAAGUUUUCAUGUUUCUACUAACUAAUGCUUUUACUAAUUGCUUAUUAUUGCUCCACGAAUCAUAUGAUUUUUCAGUGUUAAAACAAAAAGCUUAUUGUGUAUCAGAGCAGAUCAAUGCAGCAUUAUGAAAUAAAAAUGUAGCCUAAAAGUC